AUGGAGUGGCAGAAUCUAGCGUUGGAAGCUACGACAGACACCCGAUCCGAAGAAAUGGAGGUCAAGAUCCCGCUGGGGACCGCGGUGGAGCGGCCCGAGUAUGAAACUUCGCGCGCAAUAAUCCAAAGACCGAAGGCAACGUUGAUCCAGUGUCGGAAGGUCGAGGCGAGUCAGGAUCAAGAUAUUCCUGACUGCCACCCUCAGACGGACAAGUCUCUGUCGGACAAAUCGCCGUCAGAGAUACGACCGUCGGAACUAGCGUCUAUCGCGAGUGAGGAAUCGGAUCUGUCGUCUAUCACAGACGAAGAUUCUAUAUCGCAUGCCGUAACGGUCAAGGAGGCGCUAGAAGAUCGGGAUCAGGUGACACCGGAUAUAUGGACGGUUAAUCCGCUGGCGGGGAAAGAUACAGACAUGGAAGGAAUGCGAGUAGAAGAUGACCGAGAUGAAAUUGAGGAUGUCAAUCAAGAUUAUGAUGAAUGCGUGUAUUACCAUGAAGGAAGUGAUCUAUACGCCGAAGACGUCGAUGGUCAGAUGGCGGUACUGCCGGAAGUACCUGUGACGACGGAAGAUGCGAGGAUCGAAGAUAUUCAACUAUGUGGAUCUGAUAACCAGACUCCAGAGGAAAUUGAGCGACUUCGCCAAAAGAUCUGGAAGUUC